GGAGGGAAAGGAUGGAAGCCUGGGGAGGGGGAAGAGGGAGAGAGGGACGUUUUUGGUUCCUCUUGUUUUUAUUUUGUUUGGAACUUUCGCAGAGGCUCCGCUCACCCUUUCCCGCCCAAAUUCAUCAAGUGAAGUUCUGCUUAUGUCAGUCUCCCCCACCUUGGGCUGACUGAGGUGUUUGUUGUGUCUACCAGCUGAAACUGUUUUCCUCUUCCUCAAAUCUUCCCUGUGUGUCUUCCAAAAAGGAAAGGAUUCAGUCUCACCCCUCCCCUCCUUUUUUUUUUUAAACACAAACACACUCCAAUUCCUGGCGUCUUGUUCUAAAGAAAAAAGCUCCAGAGCUACGAGAAAGCAACCCAGUUAGUCUUGGAUGCUGGCGAAUGCUCUGGGGGGCAAUAAAAUGCACUAGAGGCAGUAGGCGCGCUGGUCAGCGGGGACAUCCCCCCCCCCUCCCGCCUCUCCGGGGCUGCAGACAAGUUCUCCCUCCCGGCACGUUUUCAAAAAGACUGCGCAACUCAGCCGAAGGAAGCUUUCUUCGUGUACUCAAGGCAACCGGAGAAACUUCAGAAGAAGGAUAAAGAGAAGUGGGGACAGAAGAAGAAGAAGAAACCCCAGCAAGUUCUGGGCAUUCUUUGGCGAAAGCAGUUCUGCCCCCUGCCAAGUAAGGGCACUGACCGAUAUAAAACAGACUCCCAUGAUGCUACAUCUGUUUCUGAAGAUGCUCAUCUUCUUGUUCCUCUUUCUUAUAGGAUUGCCAGAAAUCAUCUCUCUGGAGAUCUCUUCAAAUGAACGAGAAGUCAUCCUCAGUCUCUACAGUGAUUUUUCCCUGACAUGUUCAGCAAAGGAUGAGGUAUUCUGGAAAAAGGACAGCAAGCAUAUAUUAGACACUGUGCUGGAAAAAAGGGGCGACACUUUUAUUAACACCCUUACACUCAGGAAUGUGACUGGCUACUACACGGGUGAAUAUUCCUGUACCUACAAACAAUCCCCAGAGGAAAGAGCUAUCUACGUUUUUGUACCAGAUCCCUCUUUGCCAUUCCUACCUAGCACUCAAGAGGAUGCAUUUGUUUUCAGCACGGGCCACAGUGAAGACAUUAUCCCAUGCCGUGUGACAGACCCCAGCACUACAGUGACUCUUUAUGAAAAGAGGAUUAAUGACCCAGUCCCCAGCACUUAUUAUACACAACAAGGUUUUAAGGGAUACUUUGAUGACACGGCCUAUGUCUGCAGGGCAACAAUAGAUGAGCAGGAGUUUGACUCUGAAACAUAUUAUGUCUACAGCAUCCAAGUUUCCUCCUCUCCUACCUCCUUUAUCAACAUAUCUAUUAGUGCUGUGCAAACUAUUGUGAAACAAGGGGAAAAUAUCUCUGUGACCUGCGCAGUGAGAGGCAUUGAAUUGAUCAAUUACACCUGGAGUUAUCCUGGCCAGAAGGUGGGCAAGGAGGUAAAACCACUGACACAUAUUGUACCAGGGGUCAGUCACUAUACUAGUUCCACUCUAACCAUCCGCAACACAGAGGUGGAAGAUGAAGGCCUUUAUGUUUGUGAAGCCACUGAUACCUAUCAUGGGCAAAAAGCAACACAAGACAUCUUUAUCAGAGUGAUUGAGCAUGGCUUUGUGACCUUCCACACUAUUCUGAAUGACACUGUGUUUGCUGAACUGCACAAAAGUCACACCUUUCAUGUGCUGAUUGAGGCUUAUCCAAGCCCAACCAUCCUCUGGCUUCAGAAUAAUCAGCCCCUGACUUCAGAGAGCAACAGUGAAUUUGCCAUCAGCAGCAGGAAUUCGUCAGAAACUAGGUAUCAUACUAGUCUAACCCUCGUGAGGGUGAAACAGAGUGAGGGAGGUUUAUACACUGUCCGAGCAUUCCAUGAAGAUGACUUGAAAGAGCUCUCCUUCUAUUUACAGAUUAAUGUCCCAGCGAAGGUGACUGAUUUGAGAGAGAAUAGCAACACUACCAGUGGAGAGCAAACAGUGACCUGCAUAACAGAAGGAAUGCCUCAGCCAGAGGUCGCCUGGUUUACCUGUAAUGAUGCCAAAUGGUGUGAUAAGGAAGCCACCAGAAUCCUGGGGAAUGCCUCUGAAGAGAUGGAUCUGGAAACAAACUCUACUUACCGAGAUGACAUGAAGAUUUAUAUUGUGACAAGCAAGCUGCGCCUCCACAGAGUAGAUGAACCGGUCUUUAUCAGUUGUGCUACGCAAAACCUCUUGGGCACAGAUUAUCAGAACAUCACCCUGGUCCCACACAAUUUGCCCUUUAAAGUGAUCAUCAUCUCGGUCAUUCUGGCCUUGCUGGUGCUCAUGUUUCUUUUCCUGGUGAUCCUUGUUGCCUUGUGGCGAAAGAAGCCCCGCUAUGAAAUCCGCUGGAAGGUGAUUGAGUCAGUCAGCUCCGAUGGACACGAAUAUAUCUAUGUGGACCCGAUGCAGCUUCCUUAUGACUCGAGCUGGGAGGUUCCUAGAGACAAGCUUGUGCUAGGACGCACAUUGGGCUCCGGAGCCUUUGGGCGUGUGGUGGAAGCAAUAGCCCAUAGUCUGAGCCACUCACAGUCCACCAUGAGGGUUGCUGUAAAAAUGCUGAAGUCUACUGCCAGAAGCAGUGAGAAGCAGGCCCUUAUGUCAGAACUGAAGAUCAUGAGUCACCUUGGGCCUCAUCUGAACAUUGUCAACUUGCUUGGCGCCUGCACCAAAGGAGGCCCUAUCUACAUCAUAACCGAGUACUGUCGCUAUGGAGACCUGGUAGACUAUCUGCACAGGAACAAGCACACCUUCCUGCAUUGCAGCAUUGAUAAAGCCAAGCAGGAAGCAGAGGUGUAUGGGAAUGCCCCCAGUGAGGACAGGGUGCAGAGCCAUGCUUCAUUAUCUGUGGAAAGUGAUGGAGGCUACAUGGAUAUGAGUAAGGAUGAGUCAUUGGAUUAUGUGCCCAUGUCAGGCAUGAAGGGUGAAAUCAAGUAUGUGGACAUUGAUUCCUCCAAUUAUGGUACUACCUAUGAACUGGGCAGCUAUUCACCAUCAGCUUCUGAAAAGGUGACAUUGAUAAAUGAGUCUCCUCUCCUCAGCUACACAGAUCUUGUUGGAAUUAGCUUUCAGGUUGCCAAUGGAAUGGAGUUCCUAGCUUCCAAAAAUUGUGUACACCGAGACCUGGCUGCAAGGAAUGUGUUGAUCUGUGAGGGGAAACUGGUGAAGAUCUGUGACUUUGGUCUAGCUAGAGACAUAAUGCGGGAUUCAAAUUACAUCUCCAAAGGAAAUACUUUCUUGCCAUUGAAAUGGAUGGCACCUGAGAGCAUCUUCAACAACCUCUACACGACCUUGAGUGAUGUGUGGUCAUUUGGAAUCCUUCUUUGGGAAAUAUUCACUCUGGGUGGGACUCCAUAUCCUGAACUUCCUAUGAAUGAGCAAUUUUACAAUGCCAUCAAACGUGGCUAUCGGAUGUCCAAGCCUGCACAUGCAUCUAAUGAAAUCUAUGAAAUCAUGCAGAAAUGCUGGGAGGAGAAAUUUGAGACCCGACCUUCUUUCUCUCAGCUGGUGGUACUCAUGGGGAACCUGCUGGAAGACAGCUAUAAGGAGAAGUACCAACAGGUUAAUGAAGAAUUCUUGAAAAGCGAUCACCCUGCUGUUGUCCGCACAAGGCCCAGGAACUCAGGAUUCAACAAUUCCAGGUCCACUGCUGACUAUAAUGCCAGUUUAAGCUCUGUCCUCUACACAGCUGUGGAGCAGAAUGGAUUGGACAAUGAUUACAUAAUUCCUUUGCCUGACCCUAAACCGGAAGGAUCCAAUGACAGCGCUCAGCAGUCCAGCAGUCGGGCCAGUUCUUCACUGAAUGAAGCAAACACAUCGUCUACCAUAUCCUGCGACAGCCCUCUAGCCCCACAGGAAGAAGAACAAGCACCAGAACUAAAGCCAGACUACUAGGAUUAUUAGAGGCCUCAUUACCUGUAGGAGCGGAAUGAAUUUGAAGAUAAAACCAGCCUUCUCACAAGUAAACCAUGCCCCCAUUGCAUCAAGCCAAAGAGAAGGCCCCACUGGUUCUCUUGAAGAGUGCCUUUAAUUGUUUUACUUUCUAUUUUUGCAAUUUAAUUUUUGAGAUCAAACACUGUUCAAUGAAUUUCCUAGUUACUGGACUAUUAAAACUCAUCCUGAAAGUGUGGAUGGGGUAUGCAUAUGUAUGGACAGGGUUUUGUUUUUGUUUAAGCUUGCUUAUAAGAGACAUAGAAGUAGUCUGCCCACAGUUUUAUCUAAUUUGCAAACAUUGAAUGGAUUCUCUAUUCAGAGCAUUAUGAUGAUGACCAACAGAAGAACAACCUUGGACAUUCAGUUGGGUUUUGCUCUUCCUUUCCUGGGUUUUUAGGUGCUUUGGCUGAGUAGUCCCAAUGUUGCAAUGGUGGUACAAUUACAGUUACUGUACUCACAGAUCUCAAGAAGCAGAGAUUGCGUAGACCAGACCUAAAGCAGCAAUUCUAUUGUUCAAGGGCAUACAGAGGAAAUGGAAACUGACAGCUAAUGACUAAACUGUGGCAACAAUUGGACAUUCCACUGCUGCAUUUCUCUGCAUGCGAUCUUUUCAUCAUACUUCUAAUUUUAAAAGGAACAAGUGGAAUUAUCCAAGGCCAGUAUGAAAAAAUGGCUUUCUUUUGUAGUGCACCUUAUGAGAAAAGGGAAACUAUACUAUCUUUGUUUUACCUUGGAGGGUCACUGACAACAGCUGUUGGUGGUGAGUCCCAUUCUGCCUCUAGGGGGAAAGGAGAGUAUUGGCAGGUUCCUUUAGGAAAAAUGCAGGUUGUACAUAUGGCAGGUGGCAGCCUUUGUCAACCUGGUGCCCUCCAGAUGUUUUGGACAUGCUGGCUAGGGUCGAUGGGAAUUAUAGUCCAAAACAACUAGAGAGCACCAGCUUGGUGAAGACUGUCAUAUGGUAUAGGCUGCAUCUCAUAUCAGAUGUAUCUGGAGAACCUUGUUUGAGAACUAAGCGCUGGGAGAUGCUGAGGAUGCUAAGAUGAAAUGCUACCCCAAAGAGGAGCACUAGGUGGUGAGUGAGUUUCUUCCCAAUAUAUUAUGUUUAAGUGAAUCAUGAAAAAUUCCUGCCAGUGUGCCUGAGAGCCAAUCUACAUAUUUGGCAGAAUGAGCUAGCAGACUUUUAUCCCAUGGUACUUCAAACUGCAGGUGGGAUGUCUAAACUUUUUGAUAUUCCUUCACAUAAAAAACAGCACAGAAUAGCCAUGUAGCCUUCUCUUUCACAUGCUGGUUUAUUACAUGUAGAGAGGUGUUUUUUUAAUGUGGGAGAAUAUUCAAAAAUAUGAUUUCUCACUGUGGUUUAAAGUAGUGCAUCCAUCCAUGCAUCCUCUCAGGGCCAAACUAAAUAAUAUGUGAAAUGUAGAUUGCAUUUUGUGUAUGUAGUUUUUUUUUAGUGUCCAGGGAAGGGGGUGAUCUAGAUUAGGACUAUAUUGUGGGGAGGGAGUGGAUUAAACCUUUUGCCCUGUACUGUAGUUGUGAUGAAAAUCACUCCCCCCACUGAAGCCACUAUUCGUUGCCAAUAGAGGCAAUAGCAGCUUUCCUCCCAUGGCUAAUAUCACCACUUUGGGGUGGGAGAAAUUUUAAUCAGGGCCAAGACACUAGGGAAAGAGUAAACCACCUUCCUGUGCACAGACCACACUGUAAUCACCAUCCCCAUUGGCUGUAAAGUUUUAAAAGAUGCAUCUUCUGCAUUCACAGAUUUCAUAUACCGUCUAGUUUCACGUACUAUCUGGCUUUCAUCCUUCAUAAUCUGUAGAUUAGCUCCAAUCUUGCCUCAGCCACAAAGGCAUCAGUUGAAAAACUGUUUUUCCCUAAAGCCUUCCUCAUCCACUUUCAUGCAGAGUUGACUCUAACAUCUCUUCCUGUCCAUGCAUUCUGGUUGAUGUUAACAACAUUUUGUGGUCACCAAAAUGUUGUUUAUUUCAUUUUUAUUAAAAAAACAUGGAUAUAUAUGCAAGGGGGGCAGUAUGGGUUUUUCCCUUUUAAUCUGGUCAAUCCCUCCCCCUCCAAGAACCCUGUGAAAUGUAGUUUAUGAAGGGUGCUGAGAGUUGUUAAGUGACUCCUGUUCCCCUGACUGAACUCCAGUGUGGUUUCACAGUCAGCCCCUCUUCUGGUGAUUGCAACUCUGUGAGGAAACAGGGUGUCUCUUAACAACUCUCAGCACCCCUCACUAACUACACUUCCCAGGAUUCUUUGGGAAGCCAUGACUGUCUAAAGUGAAAUAAAGGUCUGGUGUGGAUGUGGCUAGGGACAGCUUCGGUUUAAAUUUGGGUGGGAGACUACUUGUGUCUGCUGUAGAAUAAAAAGGUGGGAGAAACCCCCCCCCCAAAAUGAUACUGUUCACAAUGUUUUCCUUUUGGAAAGGAAAUGGGCUUUUCCUCUGCCCAGUGCCCACCCAUCAUAUCUCCUCCCCUCCCCUCUGCACCUUCCUCCAUACCCCUACUCUUCCUCCCCUUCCCUUUUACCUAUCCUAAGCAUGAUUGCAGGGAAUAAAUCCCAUUGAACUCAGUAAGUAUGCAAAUGAUCAAUCCAUUCUCAGCAAAUUUGCAGGAUUCUAUUUCUUACAUCCUGGAUUAAAAAGCAGAGAAAUUCACUAAUAGGCAAAAAAACCCCACACUUGCUAUUGAAGAACCAACAUAUAGCCAACAUAUAUUUCUAUCAAACGUUAAAAAGCAGGGAAAUUGAGCAGCUAUAGUGAAUGCACCAGGGGAACGGGAGACCUGACCUCCUCUCUGAGAUCAUUGUACUGCCCUACAAAUUUGUAAAAAUGCAAACACAAUUUGGGUUGGUCUUUUACAGUCCAAUCUGCUUCCUGUGUAGCUCAGAAGAAUUUGUUAACAUGUGCCUCUGAGCAUAUGAUGAGUGGUGGCAACACCUGCAAUCAGCCCAAAUAACAGAAAUGUGACAUGUGCUGUGCUGAUCUUGUUUUAGCAGGGAGGAAGCAACAAUAUCAAGACAAUUGAUAUAGUUCAGAUAGUCACUUUAAUUAUGUUUGAUCUACUUUGCAAUUUUAGUGAAGUUUCCUAUAGUAAAUCAUUUUCUUUUGCUUCUGUUUCUGUGAAUAUGUGAAGUACAGCAACACGUUGCAUAAUUUACACUAAAAAAAAUCCAAAAACAAUUGUGGAAUAAUGGCACUGACUAUUGUGCAGAAUAGUCUCCACUGGACAUGAGGAGAGUCUCAGUGGGAGGUGAAAUAUAUUCUAGCAAAUUUCUAGGUGUGCUCUAUGUUUUUAACUGACCAUGCCCAACCUUCCUUAAGUGGAAUGGUUUAAGCAUAGCAGGCUGAAAACAUGCAGCUUGGGCAGGCCAAGUUUGUUUUUUCCAACAGCUAGAUUCAUUGCUUAAGUAGCAACAUAUUGUAAUCAGUCUGAUUUUACAUCAGACUGCAGUUUCAGAUUCAACUGUUAAUUCUCCCAAAAUAGAAAUAGAAUAUAACCUCCAAUUUGAAACACAAAAGACUGUCUUCACCAUCAUAAGAUAUUUACCAAUAAAAAGGCAUUGAAAUUAAUAAAAAUAAAUUUGACACAGAUUUCUAGGAUGAAUAAUGGGAGAAACAUAGUUUUCUAGGUUAGAUUCUUGGUAGGAACAGUAGUAACACAGGAAAGAAGCAAAGCAAGAGCAAUACCAACAAACAUACAAAAAUGUAAUUCUCUCUCUUUGGAGAUGCAGUCCUGAUCACCUGUUUUUUGCCUGUUAGUAUUACCAUAACAUGGACAACAUUUAGGAAUCUAUUUUUAACCUGCUGUUUACAGCCUACCUUUCCAUCUCGAGACUUUCUCUAGUUAAUCUGGACUCACAUCACACGUUUAUCCCAUCUGAUUAAAACAGUAUUAGCCCAAUGGGCUUAAGAUUUUUCCCUGGUCAGAGACUCGUAGUUCAGUGGUAGUCCUCAGGAUGCUUUGCAUGUAGAAGGUCCGGGCUCAGUCUCUGGCAUUUCCACUUAAAAGGAUCAGGUAGCAGGUACUGCCUAAGAUGUUUACUGAGAUCCUGGAGAACUAUUGCCAGUCAGAAGAGUAAGUGGACAAAUAGUCUGACCUGAUGUAAAGCAUCUUCCUAUGUUCUGUGAUGGAAUUUUAGUGUAACCUGAAAUAUAGCCCAGCAUUUUGAAGAGCACAGUUGUUGUUGUUGUUGUUAUGUGCCUUCAAGUUGAUUACGACAUGGUGACCCUAUGAAUCGGUGACCUCCAAGAGCAUCUGUCAUGAACCACCCUGUUCAGGUCUUGUAAGUUUAGGUCUGUGGCUUCCUUUAUGGAAUUAAUCCAUCUCUUGUUUGGCCUUCAUCUUUUUCUACUCCCUUCUGUUUUUCCCAGCAUUAUUGUCUUUUCCAGUGAAUCAGGUCUUCUCAUGAUGUGUCCAAAGUAUGAUAACCUCAGUUUCAUCAUUUUAGCUUCUAGUGACAGUUCUGUUUAAUUUGUUCUAACACCCAAUUAUUUGUCUUUUUUGCAGUCCAUGGUAUGCGCAAAGCUCUCCUCCAGCACCACAUUUCAAAUGAGUUGAUUUUUCUCUUAUCCGCCUUUUUCACUGUCCAACUUUCACAUCCAUACAUAGAGAUCGGGAAGACCAUGGUCUGAAUGAUCCUGACUUUAGUGUUCAGUGAUACAUCUUUGCAUUUGAGGACCUUUUCUAGUUCUCUCAUAUCUGCCCUCCCUAGUCCUAGCCUUCUUCUGAUUUCUUGACUAUUGUCUCCAUUUUGGUUAAUGACUGUGCCGAGGUAUUGAUAAUUGACAAGUUCAGUGUCCUCAUUGUCAACUUCAAAGUUACAUAAAUUGUCUGUUAUUACUUUAGUCUUCUUGAUGUUCAGCUGUAAUCCUGCUUUUGUGCUUUCCUCUUUAACUUUCAUCAGCAUUCGUUUCAGAUCAUUACUGGGAAAAGCACAGUAGCCAUAUAUACAGCAGUUCACUGAACUAUAGCUGUAUUUGGGCAGAUAUGCUGUACUACACCUGGGGUUCCUUGACAAGGAUGAAUAAUCUGAUUCACCUUCUCCACUAACCUGAACAUUUUUCAGUUUCAUAUCUUAGUAAGACAGUGGCUCGCCAGUGCUGCUGCAAGAGAAACUGACUCCAGCCAAGACCAGUGGAACAGCCACUGUAUCCCACCUCCACCUCUGGGUUGAAGCAGCACCAGUGAAUGUUCCCAUAGCUACUGUAGCAUAGUCCAAAAACCAUUGAAAACUGACCAAGGAUUAAGGUUCAGUUUUUCCAUGGAGCCAAAGUCCUUCCCAGUCAAAAGCUAAAUGGGAACAGAUUUGUCAUUAGGAAAACAGAGAAAAUCUAACAGUCUCAGGGCAUUCUAAUUUCUAUUCGUUGUUCCAAAAGGCUAGGUACUGUGUUUUUCAUAUGCUGCAAUUCAUUCUUGCUUGCUAGACCCCAGUUGCUAGAUGACAUCAGACCCAAUGGGUUCUAGCUAAUAAAACUUUCACACUAGGUAGAAGAAAGCUGAACUUCACAGGUUAGACCCUUGACAUUGGCAAGACUAGACGGACAGCAGAAUAUGGUUAACCAAAGAAACCUUCUGUUUCUAUAACUUAUAGCCAUGAUUUGGCCUAUGAUUUAAAGAGGACCAAUAUUUCUCAUCUGUAUUUUUACAUUACUGUCAUUUGGGCUUGCUUGGCUUUAUUUUAUUUAAAAGUACUGGCUAGAGAUGAGUCAAAACCAAAUCCCUACAUCAUGACUGAAACAUGCUACACUUUGAAAUGUCUCAAAUUCAGUUUUGCAAGUUUGGUCUCAUCUCUGGGCUGUUGUUAUAACUUCUAUAAUAUUUUAAUCUACAGUUGUUUCAAUGCUAUCAGUUCAAAUAUAAGCACCUUCCUCCAGCCAUUAACUACUGCUAUGUAUGUAGCCACAGUAUACCAGAGGAAUAUUGUCACAUUAUAAUGUUAUGUUUUUAAUUUUUAAAAAAAUGCUUAUGAGAUUGAUGUGCAUGCAGUUUUUUAUCUCUGUCUUUAUGUUUCUCUUUGACUGUGUUGUUUUUACUAAGUGAGGAAAGUAGAGCAGUGUAGAGUUUUAUUUUUGUUGUUGCUGUUUGAUCCAGAUUAUGGUCGGCUGUAGUUGUAAUAAAUGAGUUGCUUUCUUCCAAGGACCAACAGGUCCUUUGUAGGUUGAAGGACGGGAGAUAGAAGUGCAAUUAAGCAAUUUUAUUGAAGUUGGCCAAUGCUGGCAUUUAAACUCACUCUUCGUUGUCUCACCAACUCCCUGAGAUGAGCAGGCCAUUCAGCAACAGUAUGGAGUUUGGAAGCUAGUGAACCCACUAAAGUGAGGGUUGGCGAAUCAAGCCAGUUUCUUUUGGUUUGUAAAAUUUUAUAAUUGCCCCGGGAAAAAGGAAAUCCUUUCUCAGAUCGCUAUUUACAGACACUCAUCUAAUGCAAAUCUUAUUGACAGUAAUUAUGGUCAUUUUCAGCCUGUUUGUUCAUACAGAACAAAUAAAGAAAAACUCCCCCCUUUUUUCUUUCAAAGCAUCUUUAAAGCAGUAAUUAACAAACUGUUUUAAAAACCUGGUUGUAUAUUGUUAGGAACAAUGAACAAAAUGUAAAUAUGAGCCCAAAGCAUUCAUCCACAGAAAAGGCUGCCCACUGAGUCUCUGUAUAAUUCACUGGUGUAGUACUGUCUCAUUGACUCAGCAGAAGCACAGGCAGAGGGUGGACUCCCCUUUUCUAAAGGUUUUGAGAAUCAACCCAGAGGAGGAAAUUUCACUGGGGAUAUUUCAGUAUUAGGAUCAUUUGAACACCUCUAAAAGGGCUGAUUGCAUGUUAUGUUUUUUUCUCUGGACUUAAGGAACCAGAAAGAAAGUGGCCAAAUAUGUUUUUUGUAAUGCUGCCACUAUUGGGCACAAUUUUGAUAAAGCAGGUUGAAGAACUUUGCUGUGCAUCAAACUUUUUUUUGAUGUUACAAAGGUUUCCAUUUUCUCCUAUCUUGCUACAUGUAUCUUAAAGUCACAAAUAGGGAAAAGUUGAGAUUAGAAAUGGAUCAGAAUAUAUCUCUUCUCCUUCAUCCCACAAAUUUGUUCUCUGUGGAAAAAUUGCUCCACUUUUCAGACACCUUUUUACCACUGCUGAAGGCUUUACACCAAUCCAAAACAAACUCCUGUGAUAUUCUCUCAAAAUGAAAUAAUUGGUGUCGAUCAGUCUACAGAACCACUAUGUACAUACAGAGCAGACAAAACAUUGUUCCUUGCCCUGAUGUGGUUUUCAGAGACUAUUGAAUAGAUGCUUGACUUCUAGGUCAAUCCCAUAGAGCUGGUGAUCCUAAAUAAGACGUGGGAGUUGUCUGUAUCCCAUUUAUUUUCCAUUCAGAGAACAAGGUUGCCCCAUUUGGGAGGAACAAGAUUAGGCUCUGUUUGGGUGGAAGGGCAGGAUAUUAUUAUUAUAUAUUAUAUAUAAUAAUAAUGAUAAUAAUAAACUGUGACUUUUGACAUUGGCUUCCUGUAGGUAGCAAAAAUGCUUCAUGACAUUUGGGAAUAAGCUGGAAAAGUACUGAGGAUAUAUAGCCAGACUAUAUAGCAUGAUUUGGUACUGGCAAUAAUUCAAAGAGUUGAUUUUGUCUGAAUCUUAUAUCAUGAUUUGUCCCUGACUGAUCAUGUUUUGUGUUUUGCUUCCUGAAGGUUUUGUAGGAAAAUUAACUGAAAAAGACUUGCUAUUAGCAGUUAGCCUGGGUCAGUGUCGCAAGAAGUCCCUCUUUCCAGCCAGAGUUCUUCCCUUCUAUAUUUUCCCUUUUUCAAAAUAACAUUUUGACUUUGUAACUUAAUUUUGUGCAGAUGCAUCAGUUCACCUUGCUAAUUUCUUCAGCUCAUUUCCUGUUUGCAGAGGGUAGAGAAAACUGAUUAUAAGCCUAUUCACUCAAAUGGUCAGCAACCAGUAUGCUCAAUAAUCCAGGCAUUUAAUUCAGACUUGACAAACUGAAGUCACCAAUUAGGCCCCAACCAAUUGAGAAUGACUUGCACACUGGAGCAGGUCUCUGUGUGUAGCCUAUGCUCACUGCCGAUUGCACCCAGCAGCCCAGCUUGUGCCUGCAGAAUGUGGUGCUGAUCUAGAUAUCUGCAUGCACAGGAGAGAAUGUAGCUUGCUCCGUUCUGGAGGGGAUCAAGUGCAGUCCAGCAUUCCCUUCUCCUUCACCUACACGUAAUCCAUAGGAAUGGUGGCAGAUCUGUGGUCUAUGGACCAGGAGUGAGCAAAAGGUUUUGUUCCUUUUUAAAAACUUGCAGUGCAACACUUGACUCUGAAACAAACUAUUUGGAAGAAGUGUCAUAGUAAUGAAUAGGGCUUACUUCGGGGAAAUGUGUUUAAGCGUAGAACUACAUGCAGGAGGGGAAUAUUUUCAGGGAGCUAUCAGCUGGUAGGAAGGAAGGGUAACCCCUCCCACUCCUGCCACUUCUACCCUGCAACUGAUUGUCCACCUCAGCUGCUUUUCUUUAAGCCAGCCUUAUUUCUACUUUCAGAGUUGGGGGGGAGGAUGCAGAGCUUGGCAAAGUUACUUUUUUGAACUACAGCUCCCAUCAGCCCCAGCCAACAUGGCCACUGGAUUGGGCUGAUGGGAGUUGUAGUUCAAAAAAGUAACUUUGCCAAGCUCUGAGCAACAGCCAGGGGAUAUUUUCAGAGAAGAAUUGAUGAGCAGGGGAAGGUUAAGCAACCCUUUCCCAUUUCAUAGUUUCUCCUGCAAGUUUCCCCUCCUGACUAUUAUUUUAAGUGUCUUUGUAAAAUCAACCAAUCCAGCCUUAAUUGCAGGAAAGAAAUCUGAGCCCAGGGUGUCCUGAGCUCUAGAGAUCUAUGCAUCAGCCACACUAUAAGAUGUAUGUUUCCAGAACCCACCCCAUUCUUGUGAUUAAAAUAUGUUUUAAUUCUUUUUAAUACUGUAUUUUAGAUUUUGUAACCCGCCCUGGGACCUAUUGGUAAAGGGCAGGCAAUAAAUAUAAAUAAUAACAACAACAACACCAGUUGUUGUAUCUGGUUAGAGCUAUAGAGACUUUAGCAACUGAUAACACUCUCUGAAUAGGAAGCAAAAUCCAUUUCUUUUCUUUUCCUAAGGCAUUAUGGGAGUGAAAUACGGAAAGGUGUUUUGAACUAAGGUACCAAAGAUUUUAACAUUAUCCUAGGUUUACAAAUAUAUGCUAAGACUCCUAUUAAGCCACAUUUAUACCAGUGAGAUUAUAUUUUUAUGCUGUAAACUUGUCAU